AUGACUGAAAUAAUCAAAGGGAGAAAAUAUAUGAAAAGAAAAUCUAUAACUCUUAUGGAGAAAACUGCAAUUUUAGAUCGAUUAAAGAAUGGAGAGAAAGUGUUUUCUGUUGCGAAAUCGUUAAAUUUGAAUGAAUCUACAAUUCGGACUUUAAAGAAAAAUGAAGUAAAAAUAAGAAAAACUGUCGCAAAUAGUUGCCCAUCAGGUGCGAAGCGUGCAACUCGUAUACGUAAUGCUAUUAUGAUAAAAAUGGAACGAGCAUUAAUGAUAUGGUUAGAAGACUGUGUCUCCAAAAAGAUACCUGUGUGUGGAAAUCUUAUUAAGCGUAAAGCACUUAAAAUUUAUGAGCAUUUUAAAGGAACAGACAACUUUUCUCUCCAGCAACACAAUCACUCAUUUACUGCAAGUGCAGGAUGGCUUGACAAGCUAAAAAAAAGGUAUUCCUUGCACAAUAUUAAAUUUCAAGGAGAGCAGGCUUCAGCCGAUGUCAAAGCAGCCGAAAAAUUUAAAACGGACCUCCCAGAAAUUAUCGAUAAAGAGGGAUAUGUAGCAGAUCAGAUUUUUAAUGCGGACGAGACAGGAUUGUAUUGGAAGAAACUUCCUUCUCGAACCCACAUUUCAAUAAAUGAAAAGAAAGCAUCUGGGUUUAAAUCUUCUAAACAACGUAUAACCAUACACAAAUGUAGCAAUUUAUCAGGAAGUUUAUUGAUAAAACCAAUGAUCAUAAAUAAUUUUUUAAAUCCUCGAGCUUUCAAAAAUGUUAAUAUGUCUGAGUUACCUGUAUUUUGGCGAGCGAAUAAAAAAGCGUGGAUGACUCGAGAAUUAUUUAAGGAUUGGUUUUAUAACUGUUUUGUCCCUCAAGUAGAAAGCUUUAUGGUUGAAAAAAACCUUAGUUUCAGAGUUUUGUUAAUCCUUGAUAACGCCAGUAGUCAUAGUGCAGAGAUAAAUCACCCAAAUGUGAAAGUUCUUUAUUUUCCUCCCAACUGCACUUCAUUAAUACAACCCUUGGACCAAGGAAUCAUCCAAACUUUCAAAAUGUAUUACAUACAAAUUUUUUUUGAAGUUAUUUUCAGCAGAUUAGAAGAUCAAGAAUGGAAAACUCUACUUGAAGUUUGGAAAGAAUUUUCUAUUUUAGACUGCACUCGAAUUGUUUCAUUAGCUUGUACAGAAAUUAAACAAUCAACACUUAAUGCAUGUUGGAGGCCUUUGUUACCUCAAAUAGUUAAAAAAGAAGAUAAUAUCUCAGAGACAGUAAAAGAAAUAACACGGAUUGUUUCUAGUUUUGGCAAGGAAGGAUUUGCAGAUAUACAAGUGCAAGAUAUAGAACAACUACUUCAAGAACGAAGUUUAAAUGAAGAAGAAUUAGCAGAGUUAAUUGAUGAGUCUACAUCUGAAACAUUUGUGGAAGAAGACACUAAUAACAAAUCUGCUUUAAACUUCACUUAUGAUUUAAAAAAAGGACUCGAUUUGGCUGAAGAAUUAGAAUUCCAGUUGACCCAAAAUGAUCCUUCAACAAUACGCAGUGAAAAAUUUAAAAGAGAAUUUCAAAAUUGCUUAGCUCCAUACAAAGAGGUUUUGAAAGAACUACAAAAUAAAAUUACUUUUGAAAACCAAGGAGAAAAUUUUCAAAGUGAAGAGGAUUAUCAACUAAUUAGAGUAAAGAAAAGAAGACGGAUUGGACAUCUAAUAUUUGACAGCGAUGACGAAUAA